AUGGCAUCAGGGCGGCAAUUUACUGGCAUGCUUUUCACAGGUAUUAUGAUGACGAGAAAUGGGCCCAAAGUCCUGGAAUACGGUGCAAGAUUCGGGGAUACUGAAACGCAAACGAUGAUGCUUCUCGCGCCGGAAUGUGAUCUUGCAGCUGUGUUACUUGCUUGUUCAACGGGGAAACUAGACACAAUAUUUUAUGACAGAAAUAAGAGAAGCAGCGAUGGUGAACUCAAAACAGCCGAAGGAUGGGUUUUCUCGGUUUCUACCUACGGCCCCAGUCUCGAAGAGGCAGUAUCCUGCGCAUAUAGAGGCGUGGAGAGCAUUCAAUUCAGACACAGGUUCUACCGAAAGAAUAUUGCUUCACGGUAUGAGAAUCUCCUAGUACUUAUGAUCAAGUAA